GAGGGGCCAGGGCGGGAAGGGGGCGGGGCCAGGCGGUGGCCUGGAACCCCGGAGCCUCAGCGCUCGCCCCUGCUCGUGAGUCCAUCUCCCCUUCGUCCGGGCGAGCCUCUGAUCUUGGCCGCGACGGUGACUAGAGCCCCCAUGCUGCGGGGCUGGGGGUGGGAGCUGGCACUGGGGACGAGGACCGCCCUCUGGCACAGACACCUUCUCCUUCCCGGGGGCCCUGACUCGAGGCUGACGCAGGACCCCCUCCUCCUUCCCUUCCGCGUCCCCGUCGCGCCACAGGCCUCAACAGGGAACCAGAACCGGGACGGGACGCAGGGCCGGGAGCGACGGCAGAGCCCCGGGAGCUGAGCCGCGCGAGGCAGCGCGAACCCGAAGGGAUGGGCAUGGGGGUGGGAAGGUUGGCAGUGACGUCAUAGGAUUAACCUUCCUGUGCCAGGCCAGGUGCUGCCCCCUUGGAGAGCCACAGUCUCGGAGCGGACGGACCUGGGGAGCGUGAGGCAGAGCCGAGCCUGGAGUCCCCAGCAACUGGUUCUGGGUUCGAGGCUUGGACAGGCCGGCACCCUAGCCCGGCACCCGCGGUGUAGUUGUCUGCGACGUCCACCCGUGGGUGGGCAUCCGCGUGCAGGUUCUGGUGGCCGAGUCGGUGCCUAAGUGUCUAGAGAGCUGAGUGGGUUGCCUCGGAUCGGCCAGGCCUGGAUAUCAGCGAACAGAUGCGGAUUUCCACCAGGGGGCGCUAGGACGCCACGACCUUUCACUAUGUGCACCAGGGGGCGCUGCCGCCCGCCUUGGCCAUCCCGGGCUGGGAAGUCCGACCCUUGGAUUAAGCCCCGCCUGAUUGGGAAAGGCUCUGAGAAACUAUUUGCAUGAUCUUGAAAGGGCCGUGCUGAAUGGUUGAAGUAGGUAAGCCGAAUGUGAAACAGGCUCUCUCAUUGGCCUAAAUUUCCCCCCUCGCUCUGCGUCGCCAUCCCGGCCCUGCUGGACCCCGGGGUCAGUAGGAAGCCGCGGGGUGGUGGUGAGAGAGGAUCCAGGUGUCCUGGCGGUGGGCGCCGCGGGACACAGGCUGGGCCAAGGUGCAGGCGGCCAGGCUGGAAGACUGUUCGCCCCGCCCUGACUCCUCCUCUCUUGCUUCUCCACCUGUCCAGGAGUUGGAGAUGUGCACCUAAAGGAGGCUCAUUUGGGGACGCACACAUCUGGCACUGAGGCCCUCGCCACCUGCCUCUCCACCUGCCGAGGCCCUGGCGACCCUGACCCCACCACGCUGCCUUGAGAGUCGCUCAAAAGUAGGGCCCCAGGGCUCGCAGCAGCAUGGGCACCGGGAAAGAAAGCCCAGAGCCCGACUGCCAGAAACAGUUCCAGGCUGCAGUGAGCGUCAUCCAGAACCUGCCUAAGAACGGUACUUACCGCCCCUCCUAUGAAGAGAUGCUGCGAUUCUACAGUUACUACAAGCAGGCCACUAUGGGGCCCUGCCUGGUCCCCCGGCCCGGGUUCUGGGACCCCAUUGGACGAUAUAAGUGGGACGCCUGGAACAGUCUGGGCAAGAUGAGCAGGGAGGAGGCCAUGUCUGCCUACAUCACUGAAAUGAAACUGGUGGCACAGAAGGUGAUCGACACAGUGCCCCUGGGUGAGGUGGCAGAGGACAUGUUUGGUUACUUCGAGCCCCUGUACCAGGUGAUCCCUGACAUGCCGAGGCCCCCAGAGACCUUCCUGAGAAGGGUCACAGGUUGGAAAGAGCAGGUUGUGAAUGGAGAUGUUGGGGCUGUUUCAGAGCCUCCCUGCCUCCCCAAGGAACCAGCACCCCCAAGCCCAGCUUCCCUCUGGGCAGUAACUCUACCAACCCCUCCACAGAGUCCCAUUCACCCAGGGACCUGGACUCCGAGGUUUUCUGUGAUUCCCUGGAGCAGCUGGAGCCUGAGCUGCAGGUUUGGACAGAGCAGCGGGCAGCAUCUGGAGGACAGCGUGACCCCAGGAAGAGCCCCGUGCCCCCCGCAGAGAAAGAGGGGUUGUGGGGCAGCCCGCCAGGGCCCCAGGAGUUGGACGUGUGGCUGCUGGGGACAGUUCGAGCACUACAGGAGAGCAUGCAGGAGGUGCAGGCGAGGGUGCACAGCCUGGAGAGCAUGUCCCGGCCCCCUGAGCAGAGGCCGCAGUCCAGGCCCAGUGCUCGGCCAUGGCCCCUUGGGCUCCCGGGGCGCGCGCUGCUCUUCUUCCUCCUGUGGCCCUUCGUCGUCCAGUGGCUCUUCCGAAUGUUUCGGACCCAAAAGAGGUGACUGUCAGUGGAGGGGUCUCUGCAGCCAACUGACACUAUCUUGCUGUGCCCUGAGCCUUCCUAGGGUUUAGAAGAACAGCAUUCAAAAUGUCCCCUCCUGUCAGUGUUUGCCUUCGCACCUCCUCCCCUAAAGCAGCGCGGGGGGGCAAAUAAGACCCCACCCCUCCCUGCAGCUUCACAGGGACGCUUCCUUCCCUCCCCGCAACCACCCCAGGCUCCCUGGGAGGCUGCAGUUGUGGUACACGUCCCCGGUGCUGGGUUGGCCGUGACUCGGGGGCGGGGCUGUCGGGUCUCAGCCCCUGCCCUCCCCACUCUCUGGGUCACCUGACUCUUCCCACCCCUGCUUCUCCCCGAGGAGGUUCAGCUCUUGAGCAAGUUGGGACUUGGGCCGGGGCCUGGAAGAAUGAUUGGCUGGGAGGCUGCGGGAGGGUGGCCAGGAGGCCCGGACCAGUUGGGAGGAGUGAGCAGGCCCCGGGGGAGGGGGAUGAGCGCAGUUUGCUCGCUUUCCUCCCCUGCCGGCCCCCUCGGCCCCCACACACACUCAGGACGUCUUCAUUGAAGAUUCACUUACAAACGAAUGUUUCACUAAAUAAAAGAAAACCAUAAUC